CAUCCAGCGAGAAGCAGCACGACAAAAGGAAAGGAAAAAACGAAACCGUGUUGGUCGCCAUUACGGACGGGUACUCUUGGUGGGCUCUACUUUUUCGAGAGAAAAUCGCGAUUUUACGCCGCUCGUUCCGCGUCCAGUCCGUGUCCGGGGCCGAGCCCGAGUGUCGUGGACCGGUUUGCGUGCGUUUUCCGGUGCGGUCCGCGCCGUUUCCGGCCCGAAAGCGCAUUUCGUGAAAAACGUGUAGCAACACCAAAAAAAGAGGACAUUCGUACCGGUGUGGAGGCGUGCUCAAUGCUCAAUGGAAUAAUGCAUAAUUUGAUCGACGAGUGCGAGCAGCCGCGUUUCAUUCAUAAAGCAGCAGUAGAAAAGGUCGAAACCGUUUGGUCGACGGUGGUGGAAUCGAACAGCACCAAUACACGAAUGCAGCAGUGCUGGCCACAACAACAACAACAACAACAUCAGCAUCAGCACGACCACCAUCAUCAUCAGCUGCUUCUGCCGUUGUUGCUGCAGUAGUGAGAGUGAAAAUAACAGCAGCUCCCCAAACAGCAGCAGUCAAAUCUCCCCCCCGAUAUUCGAGUGGAGGAAAAGGGUGGAGAAGAAGAAGAAGGAGAGUUCGUCAAGUGUGUGUGUGUAUUGCUAUCUUGUGAGUGUGUGUGAGUAAUGUUUUCGAGCGAAAUCAGCAACGAUUGUACAUUUGAUUGAUAAUCAAAUUAUAAAAUAGUGCAGAAGAAGAAGAAGGGGUAAGAAGAAGAGACCACAAUUAGAAGCUGAACUGAAAAGCUUAGCAGAAGAAAGCAAAAAAAAAAACAACAAGAAGAGAAAUUCAGUGAGUGUGGGCGGAAUUUGAACCCGCCUCCUCUCCCACAACAUCAUCCGGAUUUGUGUUGGACCGCGACACCGACCAUUGUCACCCGGCCAAGAUGAGUCGCAUUUCGACGCAGAAAAAGGAAGGCAAGAUGCGGAUUCGGGCUUUCCCGCAAAUUACGGUCCACUCCCGUACCCAUGAUCACGCGCUAGCGCAAUCCCGGGUUUCGUCGUCGUCACGGUCGUCCGCCAUGAAGAGCAGCGGAUCAGCAGUCGUCGCCAGCAGCGGCAACAGUCGUAUUCCCCGACCAGCUGCCGCUCUCCGCCGCAGGACGGUGCGCCGUCGUUCCGUUCCGCUGCACGAACGCCACCCGGUGUGGUGUUCCACCUUGGCCAGAUUUCCGUUCAUCUAUAUGACCAUGGACGAGAAGUACGUCGAGUCCAUCUGGUCGCUGCUGAAGAACGCCAUCCAGGAGAUUCAGAAGAAGAACAACUCGGGCCUGUCGUUCGAGGAGCUGUACCGGAAUGCGUACACGAUGGUGCUGCACAAGCACGGCGAGCGGUUGUACACGGGGUUGAAGGACGUGGUCACACAGCACCUGGAGACGAAGGUGCGCGAAGAGGUGCUGCGUAGCUUCAACUCCAACUUUCUGCAGACGCUCAACCAGGCCUGGAACGACCACCAGACGUCGAUGGUGAUGAUCCGGGACAUUCUGAUGUACAUGGACCGGGUGUACGUGCAGCAGAACGACGUGGACAACGUGUAUAAUUUGGGUUUGAUCAUCUUCCGGGAUCAGGUCGUGCGGUAUGGGAGGAUUCGGGAUCACAUGCGCGAGACGCUGCUGAACAUGGUGAUGUGCGAGCGGAAGGGUGAGGCCAUUGACCAUAUCGCGAUCAAGAACGCGUGCCAGAUGUUGAUGGUUCUGGGCAUCAACUGCCGCUGGGUGUACGAGGAGGACUUUGAGCGACCGUUCCUGACGCAGUCGGCAGCGUUCUACAAGCUCGAAUCUCAAAAAUUCCUGUCGGAGAACAGCGCCAGCGUGUACAUCCGGCGGGUUGAGGCUCGCAUCACGGAGGAAGCCGAGCGGGCCAAGCUGUAUCUGGACGAGAGCACCGAGAGCCGCAUCGUGGAGGUGGUCGAGGACGAGCUCAUCAAGAAGCACAUGCGCACGAUCGUCGACAUGGAAAACUCCGGCGUCGUGUACAUGCUGAAGAACACCAAAACCGACGACCUGGGCUGCAUGUACAAGCUGUUCUCGCGGGUCAACGGCGGCCUCAAGACGAUCGCCGACUGCGUCUCGCAGCACCUGCGCUCGAUGGGCAAGAACCUGGUGAAGGAGGAGGAAAGCGGCACCAACCCGAUCACGUUCGUGCAGAACCUGCUCGAUCUGAAGGACCGCUUCGACCACUUCCUGCACCACUCGUUCAGCAACGACAAAAUCUUCAAGAACAUGAUUUCGUCCGACUUUGAGCAUUUCCUCAACCUGAACAGCAAAUCGCCCGAGUAUCUGUCGCUGUUUAUCGACGACAAGCUGAAAAAGGGCUGCAAGGGGAUGUCCGAGCAAGAAAUUGAAACGAUCCUGGACAAGACCAUGGUAUUAUUCCGAUAUUUGCUGGAGAAGGACGUGUUCGAGCGAUACUACAAGGCACAUCUGGCGAAGCGGCUGCUGCUGAACAAGUCGGUCAGCGAUGACUCCGAGAAGAACAUGAUAUCGAAAUUAAAGACUGAAUGCGGUUGUCAAUUUACCUCAAAAUUGGAGGGCAUGUUCAAGGACAUGUCCGUGUCCAACACGGUGAUGGAGGAGUUCAAGAACCACAUCAGCAACGACCCGUCCGCGCUGGACGGGGUCGAGCUGUCGGUCCGGAUCCUGACCACCGGCUUUUGGCCCACGCAGUCUGCCACGCCAAACUGCAACAUCCCGCUGGCACCGCGGAGGGCGUUCGAAACGUUCAAGCGGUUCUACCUGGCCAAACACUCGGGCCGGCAGCUGACGCUGCAGCCGCAGCUCGGCACCGUGUACAUGAACGCCGAGUUCUACGGCGUCAAGGCCGAGAAGGAAAGUGCCGAGGGUGGCUGCAGCAGUACCGCCGUCGUGGCGUCCGUUUCCGCUCCACCCUCGUCGAUGGCGCUCGGCGCGCCCCGGAAGCACGUCCUGCAGCUGUCCACGUACCAGAUGUGCGUGCUGAUGCUGUUCAACAACCGGGAGCGGUUGUCGUACGACGAGAUCCAGCAGGAGACGGACAUCCCCGGCAAGGACCUGAUCCGGGCGCUGCAGUCGCUGUCGAUGGGCAAGCAGCAGCAGCGUCUGCUGGUGCGGACGCCCAAGACCAAGGACAUCGAGCCGACGAACGUGUUCUACGUGAACGACGCGUUCGUGUCCAAGUUCCACAAGGUCAAAAUUCAAACGGUGGCCGCCAAGGGCGAGUCGGAACCGGAGCGGAAGGAAACCCGCAGCAAGGUGGACGAGGACCGCAAGCACGAGAUCGAGGCCGCGAUCGUGAGGAUCAUGAAGGCGCGCAAGAAGAUGGCCCACAAUCUGCUGGUAUCGGAUGUGACUACCCAGCUCAAGAGCCGAUUCAUGCCGUCCCCGGUGAUCAUCAAGAAGAGAAUAGAGGGCCUGAUCGAGCGCGAAUAUCUGGCCCGAACGCCCGAGGACCGCAAGGUUUAUGUGUAUCUAGCUUAAACACUGUAACAAAAGGGAACGUAAACAGUUGCAUUGGAAGGGAUCAGCUGCAGGACACUACUCACACAUACAGACACACAUACACGCUCACAAAUUCGGACACAUCAACACUCACACACUCACAGACACAUUGGGAAACCAUUCAAUUAAAGAAGAAGAAGAGAAAUGCAGCAAAAUGAAAGUUAACUGGCGAAGAAAUUCCUCUCUUUUAAAAGGAAGAUCUCCUUUCGUGCGUGCGUGUAAUUUUCAUCGAAUAAAUCGGUCACCCUGCUUUCGUGAUUCCCAGCGUGUGAUCGUGCCGUGCUUUGUUCAUCGUUUCAAUGUUUUUUAUUUUGAUUUUUGUACAAAGAAAAUAAAGAAAGCAAAAUUAUAUUCGUAGUUUGUUGAACGCGCGCAGCAUUGUGUUCAGUUCAUUUACUCUCACACCCACAAAUACACUCACACACACACUACUUCCUAUCGCCGUAAUUGUAAAACACUAUUUUUUUUUUGUUUGACACAAAACCCCCCGCGCGCGACUAUUUAUUACAAAUAAACGCGAGAAACUUAUAAAUAUAUUAUACAUAGAAGAGCAAAACUUAAAGGAUUAAAAAACAAACAGAAAAAAAGAGAUAAAGAAAGCAAAACACACACCGACACACACACAUAU